GGCAGCAGCUCUUCCUUUCUUGCCCUAGUCCCCAUUUCUCUAGUGUUCACAGGUGGACCCACCAACAGUCAUUGCUCAUGAUGGAGGCCAUCAAGAAAAAGAUGCAGAUGCUAAAGUUGGACAAGGAGAAUGCCCUGGACCGGGCUGAGCAAGCUGAAGCUGAGCAGAAGCAAGCAGAAGAAAGAAGCAAACAGCUGGAGGAUGAGCUAGCAGCCAUGCAGAAGAAGCUGAAGGGGACAGAGGAUGAGCUGGACAAGUAUUCUGAAGCUUUAAAGGAUGCUCAGGAGAAGCUGGAGCUAGCAGAGAAGAAGGCAGCUGAUGCUGAAGCCGAGGUGGCCUCCUUGAACCGUAGGAUCCAGCUGGUUGAAGAGGAGCUGGACCGUGCUCAGGAACGCCUGGCCACUGCCCUGCAGAAGCUGGAGGAAGCAGAAAAAGCUGCUGAUGAGAGUGAGAGAGGUAUGAAGGUUAUUGAAAACCGGGCUCUAAAAGAUGAAGAAAAGAUGGAACUCCAGGAAAUCCAGCUAAAAGAAGCUAAGCACAUUGCAGAGGAGGCAGACAGGAAGUAUGAAGAGGUGGCUCGUAAGUUGGUGAUUAUUGAAGGAGACUUGGAACGCACCGAGGAACGGGCUGAGCUGGCAGAGUCUAAGUGUUCUGAGCUGGAGGAGGAGCUGAAGAAUGUCACCAACAACCUCAAAUCUCUUGAGGCUCAGGCGGAGAAGUACUCUCAAAAAGAAGAUAAAUACGAGGAAGAAAUAAAGAUUCUUACUGAUAAACUCAAGGAGGCCGAGACCCGUGCUGAGUUUGCUGAGAGAUCGGUAGCCAAACUGGAAAAAACCAUUGAUGACUUGGAAGAUGAGCUCUAUGCCCAGAAACUGAAGUACAAGGCCAUUAGCGAGGAGCUGGACCACGCCCUCAAUGACAUGACCUCUAUAUAAUUCAUCAUUUCUGCUCUGUUCUGGAUCUUGGGGAACCCAGCGCCCCACUCACUCUGGAUUCCAUUGGGUCAGCCUGGCUAGCCCCUAAAGCAUUAGGAUGGGGGUACAAGUCUUGCGGGUGUGAUGUGGGGGGCAGCUGUGCUAGGUGCCCCCUUCUCUGACUUACAUAUAAUCAAAGCUACUUUUGUGUGUGUCUUUUUUUUCUUGACAUUGGAACUGCUGAUUAGAGUCUCGAGUGUUGGACUACAAAAGGCUCCUCAUGGUAGGAAGUCUAGUGUCGGUCCUCAAGUCUCAAAGACUGUCCUUAGUAUUUCCAGGUUCUUAAGGAUAAGUCAUCUGUGUGGAGUGUUUUCAUCCCCUUUGAUCCCUUUUCCGUAUAGUAAGAUUAAUAGACAGUUAAAGUGUCUCCUUAAAUAAAUAGUCUCUACUCUCGGAACUACCACAUCCAGAUGAAGCUGAAGAGGACCUAUCAUUAGUGGAAGAAGACGAUGAUCAGAUUAUCAGCCCUGAGCAAUGUGAUGAAGUGAUCACAAUGAUAAGGGAAGAAGAAGGUAUUGGGAUGGAACCAAGACAUCUUAGAGCAACAACUCCAAUAAGCAACAUGAUUCAGCUUCAAUCACCUUGCAGAUCAGAACUCAAAACCUUGUUACUAGUUAGUCUUGUUAGCUGCAUAACAUCAUUUGAAUUGAAGACAGGAGAAUUUCAAGUGGAUGCUGGAGAUGGUUAGCAGCGUUAAAUCAAUGAGCCGAGCCAUAUCAACAUGGAUCGAGACAAUUGAGAAGAAAAUGGCAACUUUUGUCAUAAGUGACUGAUCUUUGUCAGGUUUUAGCCAAAUCCAAGAAGAAAGAGCAACCAAGCCCAUCAGUAUAGGAACCACCACCGAAGACUCCCCAGCUCGCAAGAGGCAUGGAUCAGCUUCCUGGCGCCAGUUCAAACUUCCUCAGCCAAAAAAAGAAGUAAUAAAGAAAAGAAAAGAAAAAUUCUCUACUCUCUUACCAAUGAUUCAAAUACUGCAUCCUUAGAACAGAUGGAAGCCUGUGUGUUAGUACUCUUAACAGUUAACUAAUUUUGUCCUAUGUCACAAACAAACACAUAACAUAAUGGAUUGAAUUCUCAAUAGUCAGACAUUUCUUUAAAUCUUCCUUACAUAUUUGAGGUUGUUAGCAUUUACCUGUUAGCAUUUUCUAAUGAGUUAUAAGACAUAUAGUAAAUUAUUGGAAAAUAACCAGUCACACAUAUUUCAAAUAAUGUGCAUGAGGAUGAGGACUACUAGUGAAAUUUUUCCUGGUAUGCACAGAAACUCCUGUUCAGUUUACACAGCAAAUAGCUAAACAUCAAUAGUGUAGCUAAGUGUGGCUUGUGUAAUAUUUCAGUUUCUUCCCAGAGUAUGCAUUUGAAACCUGCUUUUCUUUUCAGUAUCCAGGGCUGUGGAUGUAGCAUAGUGGUAGAGCACUUGCCUGAUAUUGACAAGGCCCUAGGUUUGAACCCUAGUACCAGAAAGAAAGAAUGACAGGGCCAGGGAAGGGAGGAAAAGACAGGGAAAGGGAAAGAAAGAUACAACUAGGUGGUUUCCCCUAAUAUAAUUGUCAAAUUGGGUUUGGUGGACAAGCCUAUAAUCCUAGCACUUGGGAGACUAGGGAAGGAAGAUCAAAACCCUGUAUCAUGGUGGCAUACACCUUUAAUCCCAGCACUCUGGGGACAGAGGUAGGCAGACCUCUGAGUUCCAGACCAGUCAG